AUGGCAUUGAGCAGUGUAUCCAUUACAGAUAUCCAUGUUAAUGACUUUCAGGGUUCAUUGGCCAACGACAUCUACAACGGUCUGAACCCGCCAGACAGAGAACCAAAGUCGAUGCCGACUCUUCUCCUUUAUAGCACCGAAGGACUUCGCCGCUUUGAGGACAUUACAUAUGUGGAUGAAUACUACUUAACCAAUGCUGAAAUUGAAGCCUUGACAAUGCACGCAGCCAAGAUCGUGAAUCAGAUCCCGGAAAAUGCUCAAUUGGUGGAGCUAGGUAGCGGGAAUCUUCGCAAGAUCGAGAUACUAUUGAAUGAGUUUGAACGCAAGAAGAAACCUGUUAAAUACUUUGCUCUUGAUUUAUCUCUUGAGGAGCUCCAACGCACCUUUGCGGCAAUUCCGUCGAGGGGCUAUAAAUAUGUCAAAUGCCGUGGGCUUCACGGCACCUAUGACGAUGCCCUCAUUUGGCUGACGAAGCCAGAAAAUAGACAAUGCCCUACAUGCAUUUUGUCCAUGGGAUCUUCCAUUGGCAACUUUACCCGUCCUGAAGCAGCUCAGUUUCUAAAAAGAUUUUCGGAAUUGCUAGGGCCGUCUGACUCCAUGUUAAUCGGAAUUGAUUCUUGUAAGGACCCGGAGAAGGUAUUCAAGGCUUAUAACGACAGCCAGGGCGUGACAAAGGACUUUUACAAGAUUGGACUCUCUUAUGCAAAUUCAGUUCUAGGGUUUCAAGCCUUCAGAAAAGAAGAUUGGGAAGUGACUGGUCUUUACGAUAAAUCAGAUGGAUGUCAUAGAGCCUACUAUGUCCCCAAAAAGGAUAUCACCUUUAAAGGGGUGGUCUUGAAAAAAGGCGAAAAGAUAUUAUUUGAGCGAGCUUUCAAAUACGGACCAGAAGAUUGCGAGGAGCUCUUCAACCAGGCUCUGCUAACGCCAGUAGCCCAGUUUGGGAAUAGUACAGGCGAAUACUAUCUCCACCUUCUUCUAUCAUGCUGCCUGGAAAUGCCCACUCGAGCAGCGCAUUAUGCUGCCGAUGCUACCCCUAAAGUUUCGGACUUCGAAAGUCUCUGGAAGGCCUGGGAUAUGGUGACCAUUUCCAUGAUUCCCAAGAAUGAACUUUUGUCAAAGCCAAUUAGAUUGCGGAAUGCUCUAAUUUUCUACCUGGGACAUACACCUACCUUUCUUGACAUCCAUUUGACACGAGCCACAAAUGGCAUUCCAACGGAGCCUGCGUACUACCAUUCCAUAUUUGAGCGUGGUAUUGAUCCUGAUGUAGAUAAUCCUGAGAUUUGUCAUGCUCAUUCUGAAAUCCCGGACGAAUGGCCAGCCAUUGGUGAAAUUCUGGCAUACAGAGACGCAGUCCGGAACAGAACGCGCACUCUUUUAAGAGAUGGGAAAAUGGGACGACGUUUAGCUGAGGCGCUUUGGCUUAGCUUUGAGCACGAAGCCAUGCACUUGGAGACAUUUCUGUAUAUGCUGUUGCAGAGUGAUAAGACUCUACCACCUCCGGGAGUUCCUACGCCAGAUUUUGAGGCAUUGGCUCAACAAUCAACCUCCAACUCAACGCUAAAUGCUUGGUUCACCAUUCCGGAGCAACAGAUUUCCAUUGGGUUAGAAGAUCCAGGCAGCGAUGUUAUCCCCAAACAGUCUUUCGGUUGGGAUAAUGAGAAACCGAAGAGAACAGCCGUUGUUCCCGCUUUUAUGGCAAAAGCCAGGCCUAUUACAAACGGGGAGUACGCAAGAUAUUUAGAACAGAAUCACAUCAUGGCUAUUCCCGCUUCCUGGAUCGAUUUAGCACCCAGGACGAACGGAAACAAGCAGAAUGGGUAUGUGAACAGAGCGAGCUCCUUGACAAGUGGGGAUAGCCAAACAAAUCGAACAAAUGCCAGUGCUAGCAAGGAUUUUCUAGAGAAAUUCGCGAUUCGUACUGUAUUCGGGCCAGUUCCAUUAAAAUGGGUGCUAGAUUGGCCCGUCAUGGCUUCCUACAAUGAACUUCAGGAGUAUGCGAAGUUUGUGAAUUGCAGAAUCCCCACUUUUGAGGAAGUCCGGAGCAUUUACAAGUACUCUGCUCUUUGCAAAUCGAAAGAAACCAACCGCGUGCCUUCUUUGACAAAUGGAUAUAGCGACGAAGUUAACGGAAUCGACAGAGGCUUCACCAAGCUAGUUGAUCCCGCUAAAGACAUGCAUGGCAACCCCCGUACACCGGAUCACCAGCCUGUUCAAUCCCAUUCAGCAAACCCCAUGCCAGUGUAUAUUGAUCUCGACGACGAUUGUAACGUCGGGUUCAAACACUGGCAUCCCACUCCCGUCACGCAAAACGGAAAUAGGCUUUCCGGCCACGGUGAAUUGGGAGGAGUUUGGGAGUGGACAGCCACUCCCCUCCAUGCGCAUGAAGGGUUCAAGGCCAUGGAUCUUUAUCCAGGGUAUUCGGGUAUGUGUUACAACAUCCUCUAG